CUCAUCUUACCCCGGCAAUUUAAUCUUUGAUAUCCUUAGUACAGUUUCUGCAUUACCAUAGAAAGGAAUAGCAAUGAUUAUAUGUGUAUUACUCUCGUUGUGUGUAAACACUUUAAGUUCACAGGCUUCUGUUCCAAUCAGAUCUUCAAGACAGAGUAAAGAUUUACAGUUUUCCCCAUCUCUAGUCUACAGCACACCAGAUCCCCUAGCGGAGAGUUUAGGAACUAUCAGAGCUCCCCUGGCGGAGGUUUUAGGAAAUAUUCGAAGUAUUUUUGGAAGAAAUUUAAAGGAACUUGCAGACAUAAGAAGAGGAAAAGGUUGGAAAGAACGGUCUGAAGAGCGAAAAAACAAGAGAAAACAGGAAAGAACAAAGGAGCCAAUGCAGGAAGCUGGAGAAGACAUUUCGAACGAAGUUCUUCCAGUGGCUAAUCUUUCAAGAUUUGAACCUGUGUACAUUGAAGAUAGGCUUCCAGAGUUAGAACAAGAUAUCUUCUCAACUCUUUCAGAUGUAGAAGAUAUCAAAGAAAACGAUGAAACUAAAAACAGUUUCCAAACAAACACUAAUAUUCAUCCUGACCAAAGUAAACGAGAAGGCCAAAAGUUUGCAAUUUACGGUGGCCAAAAAACAGGUCAUGGCCAACAAAGUUCCCCGUAUGGGUAUUCAGAAAGCUCACUGAAAGUGCACUCUAACGUAAAAGAUUAUGAACAUCAUGAAAAUGAAUAUAAUACUGAUGAACAUAACGCUGAUGAAUAUAAUACUGAUGAAUAUUCUGCUGAUGAAUAUAAUACUGAUGAACAUUCUGAUGAUGAAUAUAAUGAUGAAGAUUAUUCCGAAAAUGAUGUUGAGCAUGAUGAUGAUGAUGAAGAUGAAUAUAAUGAUGUUGAUGAAGAUGACAGAAAACGUCUGAAAACUAAACCAUCAAAAAGAAACUUUAGCAAUAAUAAAGAACCAAGCAAACCUCGACGUAAGAUAAGUAAAAGGACCUUGAAAAGAGGCUUAGUUUCAUUCGACAAAAAUGGGGAUAAGUCAGAAAGUAGAGUUCAACAACGAAAAGAUUUAAGAAAACAGAACAAAGAAGAGGAAAAGUCUUCAAGAAGAAAAACAAAAGUUUCUUCAGUCCGUGACAGAGGGACGGAAAGCAGAAGAAAUGAACAAAAAGGUUCCUCAGUCCGUGGCGGGGGAAAGGAAAGUAGAAGAGAUGAACGAAAAGCAAAACGAAAAGAAGAGAAAAAUCUACGCGGAAGGAAAAAGAACAGCAAAGAGGAAAUUGACAAGAAAGAAUCUCGAAGGGAGUUCAGAAAACAAGAAAGAAAAGAAAUGAAAAAUCCCAAAAAUAAACGAGGACAAAAAAGAAAAGGAGAAAAAGAUGUCAGAUCAAAGUUUAAGAAAAAAUAUUCCAGAGAAUCUCAAGAUUAUCAAUAUGACGAGAUUCCUCAGAAUUUGGCCAGAUUUCCCUCCUCCAACUUUAUCCCUAUUCCCCCCCUCCUCCCCCCCUCACCCAGUCAGCCCGAGGUGGAUAGGGUUAACCUCGAUCCUCAGGACAAUUUUCAGCUAACAGGAACUAAUGCAUUCACCCAGCUGAUAGAUAUUCUAGGGGGAGGAUGGCACGGUGUUCUAACAGCAGCCCUGUUUGGAACACUAGUAGCAAUGUGGGCCUGGGCGCUCUUUGAUUGGUACUCUAGGAGCCAACAUUCUCAGAUUAUUUCAGACUAUACUGGUAAAUCAGACGGAGUGGAUACCCAGUAUGGAUAUUAUUAUCCAAACAGUAGACAUGAUUUAGAUCUGUAUACUAACCAACUAGAGAUGCAGCAGCCUUAUUAUGAUUCAGAGACAUUGGUUGAUCCAUCAUCAACAUCAGAAUCCUUUCUCAAUCAGUUGUACACAAUGAAGAAAACAGAGUAGAUAAGUCUACAGUCUGCAGUCUACAGUCUACAGUCUACACAGUUCCUAGUGUGAAUUUAUUUCAUAUUUGAAUCAAGGAAUAAUAAACGGCAGCUACAAUUAAA